AUGGCGCAUGCCCAGGAUUCCCAAGAACCUCAUAAACGGAAACGGGACGCAGACGACAGCGGCGGCCAGCCAGCUCACUCCGAUCGCAUUCCCCAGCCUCCUCCGCCUCAGUCAGGCAACUCAUCCAUCAUCAACUACCUCUCCAAAGCCAGUGCUGGCAAGCUCAGGCUCAUCCAGGGCGAGCCUGACACUUUUUCCGAUGUUCUUGGCCUAUUAAACCAGUAUGAAGGGGUACUCAAUAGACAUGAGAGUCUGGCCGCCAACCUGGGCGCGAAACUGACAGGCCCCCGCCUGCUCAAGGCUAUGGAGGGUGCCUUUGAAGGCCCCAUCAUCACAAAUCCGCCCGCCGCAUACGGCGCGCCGUCUGUGGGCUGGCUGGACAUCGUCUCAUUUGCCAAGACGAAUCCAGAGAAGUUCGUCUUGACUACCGGCCACGAUGGAGAGCGCACUUGCCAAUUCUACCUGAACGGCUUGCAGGUCCAGAUCCUGGAGGACGACUGGCGACUCAUUAUGAAUGGUGCUCUGGACAGGUUUUCCAUUGUCUCUACGGCCCCAUUGGAAGAGGACGAGACGGCCGAAGUAGCCACUCUGGAAAUCGUGGAACAACGACUGCAGGUGCUCAUCAAGAAGGCCGACGAAAUUGCCAAGAGGGCGCGACAAUUAAACUACCAUCUGACUCCACGUUCUCCUCCGUCAACCUUCCUCAACGUCAUGUAG